AUGUAAUUAAAAUAAAGAAAGAGAAUUGAUAUAUCAGAUGAUCCUCUUUUUUUUAAUGAUGAACCCGUACUCAAAUUACGGAAACUCAAACUGAAGAAAUUGGCCGAUUUAGAAACUUUUCUUCAUCAAUAAAACUAACGGAGAGAAACAUUUGACCAAAAUCUUCAUAACAACAACUUGAAAUUGCAACAUCAAAAAAACCAAUCACACGAUGGGGGCAAAAUAAUCGAUUACGUUAAAGUAUAGAAUAGAGAGUUAAACUAAGUAAGAUUGUAACAAAAAUUUUUGAACCGUUCACGCAUUCUAUAAGAUGAACCCCAAAAAAGCAAAGAAAAAGAGCUACCGUUUGUUGAAGAAUAUCUCUGUAGAAGAACAUUAAAUAACAUCAUUAAAAAAUCACAUCUUAAACAUGACACCAUCAAAGCUUCUUUAUAAAAAGUCGAGACGUUCUUAUAUAGCAUUGAUACAACAAGAGAUCAAUUCGUUCAAAUUUCUCCUCAUACUCAAUCUAAAAAUACCUAGAUAAAGACAACCAGAAAUGAAGAAUAUUCAUCUCAUUCUAUAAAAUCUCAAUUGUUUAAUGUAAGCGAAUCUCCAACAGGUAGGGAUAGGUCAAAAUCCCUUAAGUAAACGAUUGAGUAGAACCAUGAAAUUAGAAAUUUGAGGAGUGAUAAAGUCAAAGAAAUAAUUUACAAAACUGAGGAAAUUAGAGAGCGUAGUAUGGCAGCUAAACUAUCUGUUUACAGUGAAAAGCCAGACAGUAUAUAACCAACAAAAAAAUAAUUAUAAUAACUUAGAUACAAAUGGGUUAGAAAACUAAAAUACAAGAUUGAAUUACACAACAAUUAAAUGAAAUAAUUUACAGAGUUCUUAGAUUAUCUGAAAUACUCUGAUGAUAUAGUAACAAAUGAGGAUCACAAGUAUUUAAAAUACUAUAGAGAUAAAUUAUUAAAUGGCGAUCAUCUAGUUGAUCAUGACUUUUAGAUGAUGAUCAAUGAUUAAAAAACUAUAAAAAUCGGAGAAUUAAUACGUAAAUGUGUCGCUAUUGAAAAUUGA